AUGUCAUAUAGGUUAGUUACCCUUAAUUCAGGUAACAAAAUACCUAGCAUUGGAUUAGGAACAUAUAACAUUCCAGGAUCUAAAACAACUCAAAUUGUUUAUGAAGCAUUAAAAGUUGGUUAUAAAUCAUUUGAUACUGCAGUUUUAUAUGGAAAUGAAGAAGAAGUUAUAGCAGGAAUUUCACAAUUUUUAAAAGAUAAUAAAGAUGUAAAAAGAUCAGAUAUAUUUUAUACAACAAAAUUAUGGAAUAAUCAAGUUGGUAAAAAUGAAACAACAAAAGCAAUAAAUAAAAUGAUGGAACAAAUUGGAGAUUUAGAAUAUAUUGAUAUGUUAUUAAUUCAUUCUCCAUUACCUGGUAAACAAAGAAGAUUAGAUGCUUGGAAAAUAAUGCAAGAAGCAGUUGCUCAAGGUAAAAUAAAAAAUAUUGGAGUUUCAAAUUAUGGUCCUCAACAUAUUGAAGAAUUAUUAAAUUGGUCAGAAUUAAAAAUUCCUCCAGCAGUAAAUCAAAUUGAAAUAAGUCCUUGGUGUAUGAGAGAUGAAAUUGCUAAUUGGUGUUUAAAUAAAAAUAUUCAAGUUGAAGCUUAUGCUCCAUUAACUCAUGGUCAAAGAUUACAAAAACAAGAACCUGAAUUUGCUCAGAUUAUGAAAAAAUAUAAUAAAACUGCUGCUCAAAUAUUAAUUAAAUGGUCUUUACAAAAAGGUUAUAUACCAUUACCUAAAACAGCAACCCCAUCAAGAUUAAAAGAAAAUCUUGAAGUUAAUGAUUUUGAAUUAACACCUGAAGAAAUUAAUAUUAUAAGUCAAGAAGAUGUUCAUGAUCCAACUGAUUGGGAAACUUUUGAUGCACCAUAA